AUGGCUGCAUGUAUUGUUGAAGAUUCAGUUUCACUUUUACGUUAUUGUCAGACAACAGAUGCAAUGAAACAAACAGAAUCAUCUUUUGAAACAAAUAAUCAACAGUAUCCAUCUAGUUUUCAUGUGAAUUCUAGUCAAACGGACUCAACACAACUAUUAGGAAAUCAGGAAUUAACAAAAAAACGACCAUUGAAUCGAAGUCAUACAUACAAUAGUAAAAACGAGCUAACAAGAAUAGUUCUUGACAACAGCUGUUCGGUACAAGCUGUUUCAAAAAAUAAUAAUGACGAAAUAUGUUUUCUUUCCUUCAUAGCGUCAACAACAACACGAAUUCGGCCGACUACGUUGUUGCUAACAGAUGCAACAAUCGAUCGUCCUAUUCCAUAUCUGCGAACAUGCUUCAGUCAUCCAUUGACAUCGUCGAGUCGUUUCAUUUCAAUCGAUGAUAAAGAUCUAUCGCCUACUAAAUUCAGUUCAUUACCCGUAAUUACAUCUCCACCAACUAAACGUCUUCGACCACAAACAUUAACUUUGGCACCGAAAAAUCUCUCAGUUUCUGUUCUAUCGAAAACAGUUUCACCAUCACCAUCAUCACCAUCUUUUAGUUUUAUCGAUUGUUCCACAUUAGCCGAUAAAUUAAAAGAACACUUUCAAAUAAUUAUUUUCGAUUGUGGUUCACCAUUUCGGCAUAGUGAAAAUCGUGUUUGUAAUUCUAAUCUACUGUGUGUUUCUGAUAAAAUCUCUCGUAAACGUUUAAAAUCUAAUUCAUCAAAACAUUCAAUCAUCAAUGAAAAACAAUUGAAUGAAUGCGAUGCAAUUAUUCUCUAUGAUGAUCAUACGGAUAAUCUUCAAGAAUUAUCAGCAGGAUUAAAAUGUGCCUAUGGAGAAAUUGAACGGUGUCUUACAACAAAACAUACUCCAAUAUUUAUUCUUAAAAGUUCAUUUAAUCAAUUUUUUAAUCUUUACCCAGACUUAUGUGAAUCAUAUUUGUCAUCAAAAAAUGAAUCAUCUCUUUCAUCAACACCUAUUUCACCCGACUUUGAUCUUCAACAUUAUCCUAUGACGCAUAUCAUCGAUGGUUUAUUCAUUGGUAGUGAAGCCAAUGCUAAGAAUCUCGAAGAAUUGUCAUCCACGCAAAUUCGUCAUAUUGUAAAUGUAACAUCUCAUGUACCUGCUUAUCAUCCGGACCAAUUCAAUUAUUAUCAUAUAUCUGCUGAUGAUACACAAAAACAAAAUCUUUUAAAUCAUUUUGAUCAAGCCUAUCAAUUUAUACAUAAAGCAAUUGAAAAUAAUGAAAAAGUUCUUGUUCAUUGUGUUGCUGGAAUCAGUCGAUCACCGGCUAUAGUUAUUAGUUUUCUAAUGCGUUAUGCGCAGAUGAACAUGAAUGAUGCUUAUGAGUUUGUUAAAAAGAAACGUCCUAUUGUUUCUCCAAAUAUAAAUUUUAUGGGACAAUUACUUCAAUAUGAAACAAAAUUAAGAGAACAAAAAAUAAGUAUUUGA